UUAGAAUCCGAGAUCCAUUGCCGUUUGUACAGCAAAUAUAGAGAGGUGUUAAUUACAGCCAAUAAAAGUCUGUGCUCCACAUUGUUUCUUAAUUUCUCCAUGGACAUUGAUUAUUCCACAUUUUUACUCAACUUUCCUUUUGUUUUCCCAAAAGAAAAAUAAAAAAUAAUUGUAAUAAUUAUAAAAUUCCAAGAAAAACAUUCAUUUACAUUCUUCACACCCCUCUAAAAACUCCCCUCCAAAUCAAUUCACACUUUCCUCAAAUCACACAACUCAUUCUUACCAAAAAUUGAAACUCACAAAAGUUCGCACCAAUUUUCUUUCCCACUUCAAGAUCUACCCCUUAAAUUUCUCUAGUUUCCAACCCACUAAGUAGCAGCAAGUUUACCAUCAACUAAGUGAGGAGAGAGAAAGAAGGAAACAUGGCGGGCUAUGGAGAUUCAAGCCAAAAAGUGGACUAUGUGUUUAAGGUAGUGCUUAUAGGAGAUUCAGCAGUGGGAAAGUCUCAGAUUUUGGCUAGGUUUGCAAGAGAUGAGUUUAGUUUGGAUUCAAAAGCAACUAUUGGUGUUGAAUUUCAGACUCGGACUCUGGUCAUUCAGCAUAAAAGUGUCAAAGCUCAGAUCUGGGAUACUGCUGGCCAGGAACGGUACAGAGCUGUCACAAGUGCAUAUUACAGAGGUGCAGUUGGUGCAUUAUUGGUUUAUGACAUAACAAAACGCCAAACCUUUGAGCACAUACCACGAUGGCUGGAUGAGUUACGAGGCCAUGCUGACAAGAACAUCGUCAUUAUGCUUGUUGGAAACAAAUCUGAUCUUGAGGAUCAACGGGCAGUCGCAACAGAGGACGCUAAAGAGUUUGCUGAAAAGGAAGGCCUUUUCUUUCUCGAGACUUCAGCUCUCGAAGCAACAAAUGUGGAAACAGCUUUUAUUACGGUCUUGACCGAGAUUUUCAAUAUUGUAAACAGGAAAACCUUGGCUGCCAAUGAAGAUCAGAGUAAUGGCAAUGCUGCAUUAUUACCCGGAAAGCAGAUCUUAGUUCCGGGCCCUGCCCAAGAAAUCCCAGCUAAGAAAGGAAUGUGCUGUAGUUCAUAAUAUUCUUAUAAAAUUUUGGUCAUGUCUUGAUCCCUCUAUCAGUUAAUGUCUUGCUUUUUGAUGUUAGUUUGUUACUAUAUUUGCGAAUGAAGAUUGGGGAAGUGUUUUUUGACAAUGAAGGAGUGUUGAUUGUUGCUGAAUUCGGAAUGAGAAAACAAAGCAAGGAGGUAUAGGCAUAGCUAAUCUUUCUUACGGAUGAUAUAGUUAUGUUUUGUAUUUCAUAGAAAUUGGAAGUCGAAAGUGUGGCAUUGAUAUCGUUUCUUCAAUCGCUUGUUCUUAUGGUUUUACCUUAUUCAACCAUGCCUGAUUUUUAAAUAAUGUAGUAAAUUUGAUAUUUAAUGAAAAAGAUAUGGAGUAUAACAUUGUGGAACAUUUUGAUUUCAUUUGAAUAGUGUGAAUAUGUCAAGUCUUAUUUUUGGUAGCACCACCCAUAUUAUGACAAUUCCAA